UUUUCAGGGUAAACCUAGUACGCGACAAGCUGUUCAUUUAUGAAUGUGCGGGAUCUGCAGAAAACAUUGGAAAAUCAACACGAACAGCUGAAACUUUAUGAGAAGAAGCUCAAAGAUGUUGUGAGAGCUUACAAAAGCCUGGAUGCUGAAAAGAGCGCCCUUCAGAAAGCACUAGAUUCGCUUUCCAGUCAAGGAAAUGAUGAAGAAGGAUCUUCUACGUCUUCCAAAGAGGAUACUGUGAAAGAAUUGAAAGUUGCAAUUGCGACGCUUACAAGGGAGAAUACUAAAAAAGAAGCUGCUUUCCAGAAUGAUAAGAAGAUCCUAAUAAAUGAAAAUGCUACUCUCAAAGAGCAGUUAAGGAAACAUACAGAACUGAAUUCUAAUAACGAGAAGAUGAUCAAAAGUCUGCAGUCAAAGCUCCAGCAAAUGGAAGCAGACCGCGAACGUGAACUUACCGACCAUGGGAAAGUGUUGGCGGAGAUGCAGUCGAGGUUUGCCAAGGAACAUCAGUCAUUCGAAGCUGGUGCUAGAGAGAGUGCAGCUCUUUCCAAGAAAAUUAACCAAAAAGAGGAUGCUCUUAAUCAGAUGAAGGCACGUGAGGCCGAGCUUGUUCGCCAGGUUUCACUAUUGAGCAAAGAAGUCAAAGAACUCACGGAGAAGGCUUAUCAAGUUCCUUCUAUACAAAUCUUGAAGGACGAACUGACAAAUCUUAAGGUCGAUCAUGCCAGAGAACUGCAAGAUGCCGUGACUAAGACAAAACACUCUACUCAACUUGAAGAGCAAGAAAGAGCUUCUACAAAAAUCGCCGAACUCGAAGAAAGAACUAUGAACCUUUUGGAAACAGUUGCGAGAAGUGAGGAAGCCCGAAGUGAAGCCCAUGAAGCCUUAUUAAAAGCUGAGGCAGAAAGAUCUGCUCUCCUAGAGGAGCUGACGGAACUGCGCCAACUUCGAGCGAACGAGGAUAGAGAUCCUGAUGGUGAAAUUGCCAGCGAUGUCAUCACUACUCUGAAAACAGCUAUUGCAAAAAUCCUCGCAAAGAAUCCAGAUUUCGAUUUUUACGCUCUUCUUGGAGGAGAUCCAGAGAAAAAGAAACUCCAGCAUGAACUCCGGGCAUUGCGGGAUGAAUAUAAUCAAUGCAAAUCUCGCUUGGAAUCGUUAAUGAACAUCAGUACCGAAAGAAGUGAUGAUGGCAGUAGUUCUAAGGAUGAGAAUAUUCGUCUUGUAGUAGAGCAGUUUCAGAACAAAAUCAAAAAAAUGAUGGCUGUUCACGCUAAGGAUCGCGCUGCAUACGAGAAGUCGGCAUGUGAUUUGAAUGCGAGAAUCUCGGAGCUGGAGCAGCGAGAGGGUCGAUUGGUAACGGAAAUGAGAAGAGAAAUGAACAGUAGAAUUUCUGAAAUGGAAGCGGAGAUGCAGAAACAACGAAGUCGUACCAUAGAUGUGGUAGCUGAGAAAGAAAAGGAGCUAGAAGCUGCUAGGACGAUUCUCGUCUCUUUGCGAACUGAGCAAAUGGCUCCUGCUGAUCCAUCUCAAGCGGGUAAAAUCACGUUGUCUAAGAGGAGAUCUAGCGAGUACAAACGUUAUGGUGACAGAAGAUAUAGCACGGGAUCUAGGAAGAGUGCGGAUGGUGUGUCUGUGAACAGUAUGGAAGCAACAGUUGAUGGAAGUUCGAUACCUAUCCCCAUGGCCAAUGAAUCAAGAAAUAUUUUUUAUGAAGAGGAGUUGCUCAAAAAGGAGCGCGAGAUUCAAGAGAUGAGAAACGUUUCGCAUCAUCUCGACUAUCGACUACGCGAGGUUGAGCAAGCUGCACUGGUCAAAGAACUUGAGCAUCAUAAGAAAACCGAAGCAAUGGGUGAAGAGAUCACGAAGUUGCAAAAUAAACUCGCUCUUCUAUCAACUGGCGGUGAGAUGGAGUACUUGCGCAACAUCUUCAUUCAGUUUAUACAGUCGAACAACUCUUCUGCAAAGAAAAAUAUCCUCAAAGCAAUGGGCAUGGCACUCAAAUUGAGCGCCAAUGAGAUGAACGCUCAAUUCUUCUUUGUCACCAUUGCGACGCACAAUGUUUUCGAGACCGAGACCACGUCUGUGGAGGAGUAUAUCACCGUCGACCACGUUAACGGGAGUUUCUUCAUAUUCUCAGAAGAUGACGCACUUCGACUGCGGAACGAAAUGCGUAUGGUUGUCACAUCUGCUAUGAAAUCUGACGAGGCACCAUAUUUCAUUACGCCCGAGGAGGUUUCGCUUCUAGUCCAAUACGGUCAUGCACGAGUUCGCGAAGCUCUGCCAAUAUCCGACUGCCUGAGUACGAAACCAGCUGCCUGUACAACAGAUCACUCUGAGCCUACCAUCAUCAGUGAAGAGCAAGAGAAACGCGCACGCUUGAUAGCUUUGGGAAGAAAGGCGAAGAUUUUGAAAAGGAGUAAAAUGGGAAAUGAUGCUACUGCUAAAGAACUGAGGGUUACAAAGAAGGACGUGAUGGAGAUCGACGUCUCUUCAGACGAAGUAUUGGAAGUAAUAAUGGAGCUUAAGCGAAGUGAAAAGAAUAUGAAGGAGAAGAAACUCAUUGAUUUCCCAAAACUGGAGUCUGAUGCAAAGAUGUUUCGGUGGCUGGACCAAUAUGACAUACCACUUCCAUGUACCAGACAGUUUCGAGCUCGAGAACUGGUCUACCACGACCUCUGGAGGAAAGGAUACUAUCUCACAUGUGGAGAUCAGUUCGGCUCCGCUUGGUUGGUUUACGAAGGACUUCCCGGCAAUGUCCACGCAAAGUUUUUAUGUGAUUUUAUCCUCGAUGACGAGAUGUUAUCACCUCUCAAAUUGAUUUCUCUUGUACGGGUUGCAACACAGGUAAAGAAAACUUUGUUGAUCGCUAUAGUUCCUUCCGACAGCAAUCUGCCACAUUACAUCACAUUCGAAUGGUUUAAACCUUACACCAGAGAUGUUGAAUAACUACUAGAAUACCGUUAUUGCUGAGCAUUGUUCUUGACCAUUUCCUAACAUAAUAAAAUUAUUCAGCAGCAUA